AUGGAGCUUGAGCUGAAGCAACAGCAGACGCUCAUGUCCUCGCUGCGUGUGUUUGUAGACACUCUACGGGAUAUAAAGCAGGAAAAGGACGCGAAUGAUGUGAAGCACAACAUUGUAGCCGCCGUGUGCGCGUUGUGCGCGUCUUCCGAGACGCAAAAUAACGGUCAAUGGCACGACGUUGCGUGGAGACGUGGUCUCGUGCCUCUUUUCCAGCGUCUUUGCUUCUGUAUGACGCAAUUAGGAGAGCUAGAGGUGCAGGAGAAGAAGCAAAGCGAGACACUGACGAUUCGACAAGAUGACAAGCCGAAGGCGCCUGUAGGUCUGUUGAGUCUACGGGACUAUUCGGUCUUACAGGCUGCAAUCGAGCUUCUCUUUUGCUGGGGUGCAUACCCUCGUGUGGCUGCGGGAGUAUUGAUGCCUAUUGAGAAGAGAAGACCUACACGCACUCUAGAGAUUUCUACGGAUGUGCUGAUGUGGGGGGCGUUACUGCACUUGCUGUCAUUGCCGCAGUUCCAGCCGAUUCUACUGCCCAAGUACGUAGUUGAGUUACUAGCUCUGCUCGUUUAUGGAGAAGUUGCGGUCGAUACAAAAAUAGUGACACCAUCUCAGGUGGAGUUUAUUCGACUGCGGAAGAUGGUCUUACGUAUGCUACCGCUGCGUAUGAGCAUGAGCAGUCUGCGGGCUGCACUUGGCCAGACCACACCUGCAGCAAGUGAACAGGCGGUGGGUCUGCGGUUCAAGGCACGCUGUGGAAAAUUAUUGUCGCGAUUGCUCAUGCAAGACGGAGGAAUUGUAGCGACGAUUGAAAUGUUGCUGGGAGCGGUAGAAGAAGGAAACACACAAGCUAGAAUGCAGGUUGUUUCUCUUAUCUGCCAGUGCCCGAGCGGAGAGGACGUGGAAAAGUACGCAGCCGCUUUAUGUAUACAAGUUUGCAAUCUGCUGCUUGCGGCCGUGACUCCAGAAAAGGGAAAUACGAGCAGCAAAUUGCGGGGUGAAAUGGCAGCAUUGCUUGCAGACCGAUUGGCAACUCAGCAUACCAGGCUGUUCGACUCACAUAUUUUGUCCGUGCUGUUUCACCCGUUGCUGAUUUAUGAGGAUAGCCGGGCUGAUGCAAUGGCUCCAGCCAGAGAAGUGAGUGAAGAAGCUUUGACUCGCUGCAUAGGCAUCGCCCAUCUGCUCGUUUGCGGUCCGCCUCCUUCUCAACAAUUCUUGCAAGCUCUUGCCCCAAUAAUUCGCCCACUUCUACACAUGUACGCGUUUGCUGCAACCAGCAAAAGCUUUCUGGCAACACCUCUCCGUGCGGUGCUCACUACUUGGAUUUGCUCGUGUUCAAGUGCGGCCCUUCUUCUUCAAGUAUCUGUGCUUCCCGUGAUACUACCUCUCCAGCCAGCUCUGACCGCUUGCGGCUAUGAACGAAAUCAUCCAGAGGGCUCUUGGAGACCACUGCGGCAAUUUUGUGCUGGAGGAAGUGGCGGUAUAUCGCUACGGCCUAUUCAGUCAUCUUUUUCGCUAACAGGUACAACAAAUGGUGCGUUUGGGUCACUGAAAGCGUUGAUAACGCCACUGGUGGAGCUUUUGGGUGAUAAAGAACUCCAAGACUCGGAAGUGGUGGGCGAUCUGUUUUCAUCGCUCUUGUUGACGUAUAUGCACGUCCGGAAGGGCGGCGAGGCAGAAAUUAUCGAUUCUGACGCUAAGAAUGGCAGCGCAACAUCAGCACUGGCAUUAUACGAACCUUUGAAAACCCCUACAAGUGUUGAAGGUGUCGAGAUGGUGCUGAUGCUGUUACUGACGCUUAUUGAGUGCUUGGGACCAUCCGUGCUACGCAGCGCUGCUACAGUACUGCAGUGUAUAGGAACUGUAUUAGAGGUAUACAACACUCCUGCAACACAUAUUGCGGAAAAAAAGAAGCAAAGCGAAAGUGCUACUCAGGCAGAGGAUACUGAAGGUGAGGAAGGAGACGAGAUUUUGACAAUAUGCUUAGGAGUAGUGAUGACAAUUUUGGAGGUGGGCUCGUCACAUCGUAGCAACUCAGAGGAGCAACAGCUUCGUGAAAUGCUGCCAGUGCUAGAAGUACUGUCUCGACACCCACGACCUGAAGCUGCAGAGCUUGCAAGCAAUGCACGGGCACAGAUUCUAAGUCGUAGCGCGGUGGAUGCUGGCACAAACACUACCGGAGCAGGCAAGCAGAGUUUUGAAGAAGUACUGCAGAAUGCUGAGCAAGAUCUAUCAAGUGAGCUGGUACCGCUACGGGCACGUGGCGUAGUAACACUGACAAAACUUGUGCGUCAGAGUCAUUCACAUGCAUGCGACACAGAGUGGAUACCUCGCGUGCAUACUCUAUCUCGCGUCUUCAUGUUUCAUCUGCACGACUCAGAAAGUUACGUGUUCCUUGCAGCUGUGCAGGGUCUGGCAGCACUAUCUGACGUGCACCCCGAUGUUGCGAUCCCCGCGUUGGUGAAAGCGCUGGGAGACUUGAAUAACACAUUGGAAGUUCGCAUUAAGCUAAGUGAAGCAUUGCUGUUCUCAGCGAAACGAUGUGGCGAAACACUUCCCAAGUACGGCAAGCUGUUCGUAUAUGCGUACUUGGAUUGUAUUCGCCCUUCUACAUCUAUGAAGAAACGGGUGGAAAGUAUGCAGAAAGAGGCGAGCAAGCCUGUCCAGAUGGUUGAGGUGAUACAGAGUGAUGAAGGGAAAGUAGCAGCCACAAAGGAUGCCGAAUAUCCAGAUGAUGAGUCUCAGAGUACACAGGAGCUUCUUGCAUCUGCUACUCUACGGGCAAGCUGUCUUUCAAAUCUUGCCGAAGUGUGCGCACUCUUGCAGUGGGGACUGCAGCCAUAUCUGGUGGACGUGCUCACGUGUGUGUUUGGCUUUUUGCAGCUGGAACUCGCGCUUGAAGCCAAGCAUCAAAACCCAAUGUCUGCUAGUUGCGAUGUCAUUGGAGACGAUGAUCAGAAGAAGCUGUGGAAACACCAAGAGGUGGAGCAGCAGCAGUGCGUCGUAACGGUACGACGUGGAGCCGUCUUCCUGCUGCGGUAUCUUGUUGAGCUACUUGGCUGGAAGAUGUUGGAGAUCAUGCCGGAUCACUUAUCCCCACUGUACCAUACGCUGAAGCACGUAGCGCGUGUGGAUCGAGAUGAGGUGACAAUUUUCCAUGUCAAACGAGCGCUGAGUGCGCUCAAUGAUGUAAUGCGAGCUGAGCUUUUCCCUCGAGUGGAGCAGCAGGACAUGUCCUUUGGUAUCUCGAACUUGCGCAUACUAUAG